UGACAUUAUAAUCCUUUCCUAUAAUCCAAUUUGCAGCAGUGGUUUUCUACCUUCCUUUCCCAAGCAAACCUCUCUCAUUACAUAAUCUUUGCUUAGAAUAUAAUCUUUCCAUAUAUAUAUAUAUAUAGAAGCUCCAAGAUUUUCAUGGAAUUGUCUGCUUCCAAUCUUCAUCAACAUGCUCUUCCUCCUGGUGUAUCUGAACGGAAACGAGAAGUCAAUGAACUGGAUUUCUUCGCUGACACCCGAUCUCUCAAAGAACUCAAGCAGGAUAUCCAGAAACAGACGAGUUCAAAUAUUCAACCUCAUCAUCAUGUAAAUACUAGUUUAAAUCUUCGAACGACAAAUUCUGGGAGGAAAGACAAAGGAAUAAUGAAUCAGCAGGUAGCAGAUGCUCGUGCAGAAAUGGAGAGAAUAAACAUUGAGAAUCAAAGGUUGAAAGGAAUGAUUAAUCAACUGAACAACAGCUACCAUUCCUUACAGAUUCAUCUUCGCACAUUGAUCCCACAACAUAGGAAUCAAAGAAUCGAAGGAGGUCCGGUUGCAAGACAGUUCAUGGAUCUGGGUCAAUCCAGAAUGACCUUUGAAGAGGGUGAAGAACUCUCGGAGCGUAUGGAAAACACGAUAGUUGAGUCUAUGGAGAAGAAGAGUAGUAGGGAUCAAACUUUUCCAGUUAAUUCAGACAGGAAAUUGGACAGAAAUAUUCAGAGACAGAAGUUCAGUUCUUCUUCAUCUGGAGAUGGUGAUCGUGCAGAAGAGUUCUUGUCCGUCGUCAGAAAAGCCCGUGUCUCUGUUCGAGUUCGAUCUGAUACAACAGUGAUUUCUGAUGGUUGCCAUUGGAGAAAAUAUGGGCAAAAAAUGGCGAAAGGAAAUCCUUGUCCUCGAGCUUACUAUCGAUGCACCAUGGGAUCUGGUUGUCCAGUUCGCAAACAGGUACAAAGGUGUCCAGAGGACAUAUCAAUACUAGUGACCACUUAUGAAGGUAAUCAUAACCAUCCACUUCCUCCAGCUGCAAUGGCAAUGGCCUCAACCAUAUCCACUGCGGCAUCAAUGCUACUCUCUGGAUCAAUGCCUAGCUCGGAAUCGGAUGGACUACUCCCCAACCAGAAUUUCUUUGCAAAAAGCAUACAUCCUUGCCCUCCAAACUUGGUUACUCUCUCGGCUUCUGCUCCAUUUCCUACCGUUACAUUAGAUCUCACUCAGAUCCCCAAUCAAAGGCCACUUAACCGAGUUCAUGUUCCUUACAACCCUGCUAGCGUGCCUCAAAUGCUCGGCAGUCACUUGCAGUUUUUGAGCCUUCUUAGCUCUCAGCUGGGAAAUGCUCCUACUCACAUGAUGCAUAAUCAAAUUCCAAUAAAUUCGAUGGCUGACACUGUUGGUUCAGCCACGGCUGCCAUCACGGCAGGUCCCAACUUUUCUACAGCUCUAGCGGCAGCCAUCACCUCCAUCAUCGGAAAUGUUCAGCAAAACAACAGUGGUAACAGUAAUAGCGCUGCCACAACAAACUCUAGAGACAAUAUAUAAUAAUGCAUGAAAGAAAAACUUGUAAUAUGAAAGUGUUGUAUACUCUAGAUAAGAUAUAUGUUACUCUUUAGAUUAUGAGCACUGUUUUUAGACUAUAUGGUAGGAGAAUGAUGCUUUUCUUCUUCUUCUUCUUCUUCCACCCGCUCCUUUUUUUUAACCU